CAUGCGUCUAUGCCGUCGAGGAAUUCAGCGAUGCUUCGAGGGUGACGACACGGCUGUGCACUCACCAUCAUCCCGGCGCGUCCGCACGCCCCGCCCUCGUCGACAGCAACCACCUCACGCACUCGAGAACCCGACAGAACGUGCCCCACAACUGUAUGCAUUACUUCACAUUGCUGGCUUCGAAGGCCGUUUCUCUGGAUGAACGAGGCACUAACUCUACGACGAACGUUGCGUCUGGUUCGCACUCGGAGUGCACGGACGAGGCACACACGAGUCUCAUUCGGCAGAUGAGACAUGCAAGGACAAGCGUCGCCAGACCUCGCUGUAUCGCUGGUCUGCGGGCUAGCAGGUUGUUCAAUGAGCGGCGAUGAACCCUCUGGAGACAACCCGCCUUCGUCCUACCGACUACAAUUCCCCAUGCUACAUCAUCGCGCGUUUUUGCGCGGCCCCCUCCUCAUUUCCCCUCAGGCUUUUUCCCCUUCCCCUCAGGCUUUUUGCCCUCAGGCUUCUUCGCGUUCGCCACCCAGGUGUAGCUUUGAGCGGACGGGCGGCUCAUCUUCAUCACGUCGUGAGGUUUCCCAGCCUCCUUCGCCGCCUGCUUUUGUGCCCUCUCAUAUUGCGCCUGAUCAGCGUGCCAUUGCUUGCGGUCCUUUAUGUGAGCUUCCAUACUGGUGCCAUGCGUCCGUUGGGGGAACUUUCCUGGGGGUCGAGGGGGUUCCGCGCGUACGGAUAACUGUUCGCCAAAGUAAUCCCGAUCAAAGAGUACCUGCAGAUCGCCAAGAGCCCGCUCCGCAAGGUCGGCGUCGUCGCGGAAGCUACAGAGGGAAGGAGGUGUGCAUCAGUCGAACCGCUCAAGCUGACUCGGCGAAUGCGGAACAGCGCGUACGCAAUGUAGGAAACGGGGCGCGCUACGGCAGACGACGCGAGCAUCGCCGCGGAGACGAGAGGGAGGAUGGUUGAGACGCGCAUCUUGAAUGGAGACUCGAGGUGCAGUGGCUGGACGACGGCGGCUGA